GUUCACAUUUUUCUCGACUUGUGGCAGGUCGCUGUCGCACGCCGAAUCGCAAAGAAACGCGGCCCCAGUCAAACACACGAAGUCCGGCGGCGCCGUAGCGACGUGAAACUUCAGUUAAACAUUUGAAAGUGCCAACGCCUCAGUGGCAUCCAUAGAAUCCAUCCCACUGGCACAGAGAUCAUUGCAGGAGUUGAGUGAGCGUCUUGGCAGUUUCAGGCGCUGCAUUGGCGACACUGCCAGCGUAACGACCGUGAGUUGCUGGCCAAGGACGAAAAUGCAUUGCAGUCGACCCAUAAAUUGCAAUUAAACAACGAGCCAACGAGCAGUCUAGCCGAGCGGAGCCGGACACCAAAGCCACAGAAACAACACAAAGAGGAACCAAGCAAAAAUAAACACUCAACUUUGCUGGCAAGGGCGCCAAGACAACAAAAAUUGCAAUUGUUUUAUUAGUUGGAUAAACUUUUGCUUUUGCGUGGCAUUUUUGGUUGAAACAAAAGCUGAAACAAAAUGCCAGCGGGCCGUGUGGCUGGCAAAGCCGGCUACUCCAAUCACUACUACAAUGGCCGCUCCUACGUGGGCAUCAACGAGGAGAUCAUGUGGGUGAGCAUUGGCAUGGGCGUGACCAUUGCCCUGCUGAUUACGAUCGCCCUGUGCUAUAUUGCGCGUGAGAAGUGCCAGAAGCGGCAGCGGGAGUACUAUGUGACCGCAUAGUUGUUGUAUGCUGCCUGCCACACGACGCACGGCCACGGCGGCAUGCCAAUGAUGCAGCAGCAGCAGAAGCAGAGGCACAAACGGCAGCAGCAGCAGGAGCCGCCGGCAACCAUACACUGCAGCCUGUCAAUGAAUG